AUGGCUUCAGUAACCAGACUGAACCUCCUCCCCACCAGCCGAACCCUCGCUUCUGGCAUACCCCUCGCUCCCAAGAUCAACCUCGCCGUACCCGUUGGUAUCUCUGGUGCUCACGGUCAUGGACAUGGUGCCGCUGGAGCCAGAUCGGAUGUACCUCAGGCUUGGGCUUUCAAGUCCGGCUUCAGAGGACACGUAGGAAAGACCAAUGCCCUUCCAACCUCAUCAUCCUUCCAACAACGACACUUCUCUUCCACCCCUACUCCAUCCGCCGCUCACCCAAUGGCAGGAGCCACCGGUAUCCCUCGAGCCUCCGCCACUGGUGUACCCGAUUUCUCACCUUACAAAGCCAAGAACGCUUCGUUGAACCGAACAUUCUCUUACUUCAUGGUAGGAGGUUUAGGUGUCUUGGGUGCAUCAGGUAUCAAAUCGACCGUAUCGGACAUCCUAAGUAAUAUGGCUGCCUCGGCGGAUGUUUUGGCUUUGGCAAAGAUCGAAGUUGAGAUGGGUGCUAUCCCAGAGGGUAAAAACCUUAUCGUCAAAUGGAGAGGAAAGCCAGUAUUCAUCCGACACCGAACUCCAGAUGAGAUUGAUGAAGCCAAUUCAGUUGAUGUCAAGUCUUUGAGAGAUCCCGAGAAGGAUGAUGACCGAGUUCAACGACCUGAGUGGCUCGUCAUGUUAGGUGUUUGUACGCAUUUGGGUUGUGUACCCAUCGGUGAAGCUGGUGAUUACGGAGGAUGGUUCUGCCCAUGUCACGGUUCCCAUUAUGAUAUCUCGGGUCGAAUCAGACGUGGUCCCGCUCCUUUGAACCUUGAAGUUCCAGAAUACUCCUUCAACGAUGAUGAGGAGAAGAUCGUCAUUGGUUAG